AUGGGUCAUGAUACUUCACAAAGGCCUCCUAAUGACAUGGUCAAUUUCAAUAUCUUAAAUUCUGCUGCUGCCUCAACCCUAGCACCGCGAUUGGGCAAGCUGGCAAUUGCGGGCAGAAAUGCGAUUGCUACGCCGCACUACAUCCCAUUGACGUCGCGGGGAGCUCUCCCCCAUGUCGCGCACGAUGUCAUGCGCGAGCAGACUGCUAUUAGCGGUUUGUACUUUGGUCUAGAAGAUUUCAUAGAAAAGCUACAGAAGAAAGCAUGCCCUCCAGUUUACAAUACCCCAGCCGCUCCGAAUGAAUCGCCUCUACGCAACUUUGUUUGUCUCCCUGAAGAUCCUGUGGUGGUUUUGGGUCCACGUCGAGUGCCUCCGCUCCCGUGUCCCCCUUCGAAUACGCCCAACUCGGUUGCUGUGCUCACCACGGUAGGCUUCGGACAACUGGAGGCUGGUCAGUAUGUCGAAGCUGUACAAAAGAUGCGUCCGGAUAUUGUAGUUGGACUGGCAGAUUUGGUCCUAACCCAUCAGCCCGGGUUAAAGAGACAAGGGAAGAUGGUCGAUAGGACUCAUGCAUUCACCACGUAUUCGACGGAGCAGCUCUAUGGGAGCGCGGUCCUAGGCAGAAAUCGCUCGAAAACGGCUUACUUUGCGCCCUUACUGCCGUUAGAUAAUACCCAGCAGACACUGUACUUGGAGGACUUGGAAGAGGAUCUUCGGCAGUACAUUUCCGGACUUGCUUUAUAUGAGUCGGCAUCACUAUCUAUCGUUCCUGAGUCUCUGGGGGAUCUUCCACGACUACUCUUCAGCAAGCCAGCUACGCCACAUGACAUCUUACGAGAGGUCUCUCUUGGUGCUGAUCUUCUUACAAUCCCCUUCUUGGGUGUCUCUUCGGAUGCCGGCAUAGCCUUGGACUUUGUCUUUCCGCCGCCAUCCGAUGCCAGUGAUACAUCUGUCGCAGAACUUAAACCGCUAGCCCUCGACCUAUGGGCAACUACUUUCACAACAGACACAUCACCGCUCCAUAAAAAAUGCCAGUGCUAUACCUGCCGAAAUCAUCAUCGCGCUUAUAUACACCAUCUUCUCGCGGCAAAGGAAAUGCUGGCUUGGACCCUUCUCCAGCUCCAUAAUCUCCACACGAUGGACAAUUUCUUCGCCAAUAUCAGAAAAAGUAUUCAACAGGGUACUUUUGAGUCCGAUGUUGAAAGAUUUCACCGGGUCUACGACCCUCAGCUACCUGAACAAACAGGCCAGGGCCCACGUGUCCGUGGCUACCAAUCUCCUAGCAGAGGACCAAAUGAACCACGCCGCAACCCUCGCGCAUAUGGUCGUUUGGACGAUGCGAUAGAUAAGUUCGCCGAAUCGCAAUCGUCAAUCGCCACCCCGGACACCGGAGCCGAGGGGCUCGAGGAACAUGGGUUUGCCCAGAAGCUAUCUUAA